AUGUCGAACAAGAUUAAAUUUAAUGGAAAAUGCAAUGAUGGAAAUUUACACAUUGUUUUGCCAUCAUUCGCUCUAGUUCUGCGAAAUUUUACAAAGAAAUUGAAAGAUAAAAACGGUAAGGCUAUCACAGCGGAUGAAUACUUGGAAAAAGCAUUGGAGAACAAGAAAGACAUGCGUGAACAAUACAACAAAACAAGAGAAAGCAUCAAAAGAAGCUUUCAAAAACGUAGAUGCUUUGCUAUGCCUCCACCUGGGGACUACGAAUUGAUUGAACAACUUGAAAAUAUUUCGUUUUCUACAACAUGCAAACAUUUCCAAGCAUCAGUGGGUCAGAUGCUGGAAUACGUCUACCAAGAACAACCAAAGCGGCUUUUGACUAGUAAACCCAUAAAUGGUUCAGUGUUUGCAAAUCUGGUCCGUGACUUCGUAAAGAGUAUUUCCAUAGAAGGCGUUUCUGAUGUUGAUGCUACAUACACACGGGCGGCAAUUGAAGAAAACAAAAAAAUCGGCAUAGCUGCAUCCAAAAUGUUUCAAAAGCACAUGGAGGAUUUAAUGUUGCCAAUUAAAAGAAGAGAACUACAUCAAAAGUGCACUGAUGCGAGAGAUGCUGCGUUUCAACAUGUCUUUGGAAAUUCCAUUUACGACGGACUAAAUGGAAACGUGGCCUUUAACGUUGCAAAGGAAAAUAUUGAAGUGUUUUCGAAAAAAAUAGAGGAAAGAAAUGAGAAACUUCUGCAAGAAAAAUGUACACAAGUCCUUGAGGAAUGCAGCAAUUACUGGGCGCUCAAAGAAUGUGUUGAAUCUAAAUGUUUUCACGAGGAAGGUGGCAUUCAUGGAUAUCGAGAAAUAUGCCGUGGUAUUGAGGAUGAGUACAACGAAAGGCUGGCUUCUUUCGAAGACCAUGAGGUAGAAUUUGUGCAAAGGAAAUCGUUUGAAUUAUGA